AUGUCAGACAUUCUCAGGGAAGUUGGGUCUCCGGAGUAUGGGAAAUUUGAAGUCAAGUUCAGUAGGAAAAGUAUUGUAAAAGCUGCCAAUCCUUUACCAGAGCCAUUUUCAAUCACUCUCUCAAAUCUUGAUCUACUUUCAGGCCGUUUUCCUGUUACAUACUUAUAUUUCUACCUCAGACCAAAAUUAGGUAACUAUAAAGCUUUUGUUGAGGCUCUUAAGAGCUCUUUGGCACAAGUACUUAAUUACUACUAUCCCUUUGCUGGCCAAAUUGUUCAAAAUCCCAAAACCAGUGAACCUGAAAUCAUAUGUGACAACAAUGGUGCUCUGGUGAUUGAAGCUCAUGCAUAUACCCCAUUAAAGAAUUUAGAUUUUUAUAAUCUCAAUGAAACUCUUCAAGAAAAGAUAGUCUCCGUUCAACCAGACUUCCCCUUGCAAAUUCAGGUAACAGACUACCCUUGUGGAGGCAUUUCCAUUGCAUUUACUUUUGACCAUGCAUUAGGUGAUGCAACUUCCUUUGGUAAAUUUAUUUCUUCAUGGUGUGAAAUAGCUCAAAAUAAACCACUAUCAUGCCAACCAGACCAUACUAGACACCUUUGUGCACGUUCUCCUCCCAAAUAUGAACCAUCCUUAGACCAAACUUUUAUCAAGUGCACCAUGGAAGAGAUACAGAACAUGCCAAUGAAACACAUCUCACUUAAACGCCUUUAUCAUAUCAAUGCAUCAAGCAUUAACAUGCUGCAGAGACUUGCAUCUGUUGGUGGCACCAAGAGAACAAAGAUCGAGGCUUUCUCUGCCUAUGUAUGGAGGAUAAUGAUUGGCACCAUUGAUCAAAGCCAUGAAAAGUGCAAGAUGGGUUGGUUGGUGGAUGGAAGAGAAAGAAUGGGAACAGGUAAGAAUACCAUGUCAAAUUACAUUGGUAAUGUCCUAUCUUUGGCUUUUGGGGAGGCAAGUAUUCAAGAAUUGAAAAAAGCCUCUAUAUCAGACACUGCUAACAUAGUGCAUGAGGCAAUUUCAAAGGUUAAGAAUGAGGCUCAUUUCUUGGAUUUGAUUGAUUGGGUUGAGUGUCAUAGGCCUGGUUUGAUGCUAGCAAAGGCAGUAUUGGGUCAGGAGGGACCAGUCCUGGUAGUGUCCUCAGGUAGAAGGUUUCCUGUCACUGAAGUUGACUUUGGAUUUGGGACACCCUUGUUAGGGACAGUUUACACUUCCAUUGAAAAGAUAGGAGUUGGUUACAUGAACCAAAGGCCAAGUGCUAAAGGUGAUGGUUCGUGGACUGUGUCUGCUAUCUUGUGGCCUGAACUGGCUUCUGCACUCAAGGAUGACCCAAUUUUUCAGCCCAUGUCUGCUGCUAAUCUUCAACUUUAG